AUGGAAAGAAAUAGGAAACUAAGAAAAACCUUCAGAACAGCAUUUACCAGAAUUUAUAAUGGAAUAAAUGAGGAGCUAUGCAAAGAUGAGCAAGACCUACACAAUGUACAGGGUAAAUUGAGCUCUCUGGAAGGUAAGAUAGAAGAACUAAAAACUUUGGACAGGGAAAUUUUAGAUUUCUUGCUUGAUUCUGAAGCAGAUGAAGAAGAGUUAGAUGAAGAAAUUAAGCUAGCAGAUGAAUAUGUAGAGAAGUUUAAUCGAAUUAGUUUAGCUGUACAGAGUAGAUUGAUUAGAUCUAGGGAUACUUCACCUGAGUCCAAUGGGUCUGUAAUGAGUAAAUCUGCUGCUGUUAGGACUAAGCUGAGGCUACCUACUAUUGAAUUCACAAAGUUUAGCGGGGAUUUGAAGGAUUGGCUACCUUUUUGGGCACAAUUCAAAAGAAUAGAUGAUGACGAGAAUAUUGAUGAUAUUGAUAAAUAUCAUUAUCUUGUGCAGGCUACUUUAGCUAAUUCUAGGGCUCGUCAGCUGGUCGAAAGUUAUCCUGCUACCGCUGAGAACUAUUCAAAAGCUUUGCAAAGUCUUAAAAGUCGUUUUGGUAGAGAUGACCUUCUCAUAGAAGUGUAUGUUAGAGAGCUUUUGAAGUUAGUUCUGAGUAAUUUAAACAGUAAGGUAGAAGUUUCUUGCAUUUACGAUAAACUGGAAACCCAACUAAGAGCAUUGGAGACAUUAGGAGUAACAACUGACAAAUGUUCUGCUAUGUUAUAUCCUCUUAUAGAGUCUUGUUUGCCUGAGGAAUUGUUGAGAGCUUGGCAGCGUCACUCCGGCUAUGAAGUUGAUGCUGAACUUAAGGAUAGACUUGAUGGCUUGAUGAAGUUUCUGCAAAAGGAGGUUGCUAACGAGGAAAGGAUUACUCUAGCCGCAUCUGGUUUUGAAAAUAGUAAGCGACCUAGCCAACAGCCUAAAGUAAGUAAAUCUACUGUAUUUCGACCUAAGCUUAGUUACGCCAGUCAUACUGAAAUGAUGCCGACAGCUGCUGGUUUAGUUAACCCAACGAAGUCUGAUAAGUUAAAUACUAAAGACAUUAAAUGUAUGUUUUGUGGUUCUAACCACUUAGCUGAAAACUGUAAAGACAGUAAAUUGACAGUAGAUGAGAAGGUGAAAAUCGUUGGAAAAAAUGGUUGUUGUUUUACUUGCUUGAAGUAUGGUCAUAGGAGUGCUCAAUGUAAAGUUAGAGUAAAAUGUCCCAUCUGUGGAAAGAGGCACACUGCUGUUAUGUGUAGGGCAUCUGCUGCAGAAGGAAGUUCAUUGAGUGAACAACCAGGCAAAGAAAGUUCUCUAGCAAACAAUGUUCACACAGAAGUGUUUUUACAAACCUUUUUAGUAAAAAUUAGAAACCAAAAUCGAGAGCGAACAGCACGUGCUUUAAUAGAUACGGGAUCACAGCGAUCUUAUAUUUUGAAAAAUACAGCAAAGGAAUUUGGCUACGACAUAGUCAGAAGGGAGAAGCUAGCUCAUGCUUUAUUUGGUGGCACUAGUACUGAAACAAUUGAACAUGCGUGUUAUAAGGUUAGACUAAGUGACUUAAAUAACAGCUAUGCCUGCAAUUUUGACGUUCUUGAUCAAGAUAUAAUUUGUAACGAUGUUACAACAGUUAAGCCUGGUCCUUGGUCCAUUGAGCUUGGAACACUGGGAAUUAAUGUAACAGAUGGAGACGGGCCCAUUGAAGUUCUGAUAGGUGCAGACGUUGCUGGGAAACUUUACACUGAGAAACGAUAUCUGCUUUCCAAUGGGCUAGUUGCGAUGCAUACUUUGUUGGGCUGGACUUUAAUGGGAAGAACCACUGUUGAAGGGAAUGACAGGUCCAGUUCUAUGGCAGUAACUUCUUUACUGUCCCCUAUUGAUAAUAAAACCAUUUCAGAUUUGUGGAGUUUGGAUGUUUUAGGAAUCAAGGAUCCAGCGGAGGUCAAGAGUGAAUCUUCAGUUAAAAGUAGAACAAUGGAACAUUUUGUAGAAUCUGUUUCAGUGGAAAAUGAUGGCAGAUAUCAGGUCAAAUUGCCAUGGGUUGAAGAUCACCCGCCGUUACCCACUAAUUUAAAAGUAGCACAGAAGAGACUCAGUAAUCUUACAAAUAAACUUAAUUCUAGUGGAUAUCUUAGUUCAUAUCAACAGGUGUUGUCUGACUGGGAGGAAUUAGGUAUCAUAGAGAAGGUUAACGAUGCUGAUUUGGAAAUUGGUCACUACCUACCGCAUCGACAUGUGAUAAAAGAAAACAGUCUUACCACGAAAUUGAGACCUGUAUUUGAUGCAUCCGCUAAAGAAAAGAAUCAGCCCUCGUUGAACGAUUGUCUAGAAAAAGGGGACAAUCUAAUUGAAUUGAUUCCGUCCAUAUUAAAUCGUUUUAGACUACACAGAUAUGGAGUUGUUGCUGACAUCGAGAAGGCUUUUCUUCAGAUUGGUGUACAUACGGAUGAUAGAGAUUUUCUUCGUUUUUUGUGGAUUAAUGAAGAUGGUCAAUUGGUUGUUUACAGACACGCUAGAGUGGUCUUUGGAGUUACCUGUAGCCCAUUUAUGCUAAGUGCAGUAAUAAAACUUCAUUUAGAAAAAACAUUAGACUUGAUAGAUUCUGGAUCGUUAAACUACUCAAGAAAAGUAGUAGAGACACUGUUGAGAAGUUUCUAUGUAGAUAACUGUAUGGCAAGUUUCGAUGACUUUUCAGAUUUGAAUCAAUUUGUAGAUCAAGCGACUUCUGUAAUGAAAGAUGCUAGAUUCUGUCUUCGGAGUUGGGAGUACACAGAAAUUCAGAGUUUCAAAAAUGAUUCUACCUUGACACCUAUCUUAGGUUUAAAUUGGAACAAAAAUACCGACAUGAUUGAGUUGAAUUUUGAAAACUUUGCGUUUAAAGAAACUGAAAUAGUCACAAAGAGAUCUAUUUUGUCUUUUGCUCACAAGUUGUUUGACCCCAUAGGUAUAACUUGUCCUGCUACACUCAUGCCUAAGAUAUUGCUGCAGAAAACUUGGGAAAGUAAAAUUGGAUGGGAUGACAAGGUUUCAGAAGAGAUAAAACUUUUGUUUUUAGAUUGGGCAAAGCAACUUGAGAUUUUUUCAAACUUGAAAAUUCCAAGAUAUUUUGGAAAUGAAAUCGGAGGGAAUAUUUCUUGGACAGUUCACUGUUUUUGUGAUGCAAGCCAGGACGCUUAUGCGGCCGCGGUUUUCCUGAGGGGUGAAUCUAAUGGACUUGUCACAGUUCAAUUAGUUCAAGCGAAGAGUAGAGUUACACCUGUCAAGAAGAUGACCAUUCCUCGGCUGGAGUUACUGGCGGCUACCAUUGGCGCUCGUCUAACUGACAACGUCUUAAAGAGUAUGGGGUUUGAAAAUGUCAAAACAUUUUAUUGGACCGACUCAACCACCGUUUUGUCAUGGAUUCGUCGAGAAGAUUACUGGGGAGUGUUUGUUUGGAACCGAGUAAAGGAAAUAAGAUCCCUUAGUAACAUUGAAUCUUGGAAUCAUGUUCCAGGUCAUAUGAAUCCAGCUGAUUUGCCGUCACGUGGAUGUUCUCCUAAGCAGCUAGUAGAGUCGAAAUGGUGGGAGGGACCACAAUGGCUAAGAAACUCAUCAAACUUGUGGCCUAACCAAAACUUCAGUGAUGAUUGUGAUGAGAAAGAAGUAAAUUCUGAACUUAGGAAGAUCAAAUCAACUACAAAGAUUAUGAUGAAUUCAAAACCUGAACCAGAUUGUUGGUAUUACAGAUAUUUCUCCAGAUUUGAUAAAAUCGUCAGAUUGGUAGGCUGGAUUUUGAGAUUUUGUUCUAACACAAAUAUGUCUAAACAAAAGAUAUCAGGAGAAUUGUCGGUUGAUGAAUUGAUUAAGGCUCAAAAUAAAGUGUUUAAACUUAUUCAGAAAGACGCUUUCCAUAGUAUCAAGGAUGAAAAAUUGAGCUCAUUGUGUCCGUUUGAAGACAGUGAUGGCUUAUUAAGGUUAAAAACAAAAAUCACAGAGAGACCUGAUAGUAGAAAUUUUAAUCUUCCAAUCGUAUUGCCGAGUAACCAUCCUGUUGUUCACAGAUUCAUACAAUACAAACAUGAAGAAAAUUCACAUGUUGGAGUCCAAGGAUUGUUAUCUAUUCUAAGAGAAGAUGUUUGGAUUAUUAGUGGAAGAAGAACUGUAAAAUCAGUUAUUGACAAAUGUGUCAAAUGCAAGCGAUAUUGUGUUAAAAGUUUGGAUACUGAUCCAGUACCACUUCCUUCGCAACGGGUUCGAGAUGCUUCUGUUUUUGAAGUCUGUGGAGUUGACUUAGCUGGACCUGUUUUCCUUCGAGAUGGACAAAAAGCUUGGAUUACAUUAUAUACAUGUGCAGUAUACCGUGCCGUGCAUUUGGAGUUAGUUACUUCAUUAUCGACUGAGUCAUUCUUGCAAAGUUUGAGAAGAUUCAUUUCCAGACGGGGUCGACCAACAGUCUUGUUUGCAGACAACGGCACUAACUUCCGAGGGGCUUACAGUGCGUUGAAGCAAAUCGAUUGGAAUAAGAUUGUUGAGUACAGCACAAUCAAACGUAUAAAAUGGAAAUUCAACCCACCUGCCUCACCAUGGUGGGGAGGCUGGUGGGAAAGACUCAUAAGACUAUUGAAACAGCUUCUUCGCAGAGUCUUAGGAAGAGCUAGUUUGACUUAUGAAGAAUUUUUGACCGUUUUGUGCAGUUGUGAAUCUGUCAUAAAUAGUAGACCCUUGACUUACAUUUCAGAAGACAGCCAUGAUAUGGAAGUUUUGACGCCAGCUAUGUUUUUGAAUGGUACGAAGGAGUAUGGAGUUAUUGAUUUGGACCAGAUCAACUACACAAAUUUGUCUCGACGUUGGAACUUUAAAUUAAAAUUAAAAGAAGAUCUUGAACAAAGAUUUAGAAGCGAAUAUUUAAGUCAAUUGGUGUUACAUUCGAAGAAGAAGAAAUCUCGUCAAGUGCAAGUUGGAGAAAUUGUUUUACUUGGAAGCGACAAUACCAAACGGAUGGACUGGCCUUUGGCGAAGAUUGAGAAGAUACUUCCUGGAAAAGAUGGCAACAUACGUCUUGUGGAAAUGAAAACAUCAAAAGGAACAGUGCUGAGACCUAUACAACAUGUGUUUCCACUUGAAUUGGUCCAGCAGAAAGACAAUCAAGAUGGUAAUGAAACAUUCGAAGUGGAAGAUGAACAAGUAGCUGAAGGUGUUGAUAGUGAACAUGAUCAACCAGUUUACACACAAAGAGGAAGAAAAAUUAUACCCCCACAAAGAUACCUGAAUUAA